AUGAUCAUCAGAAUUUUUGCCUCCUGGAAUGAUACCUCCAGGAACUUCUCAGAGCUCCACGCCUUUCUCCACAGUGACAGCAACUCGGCAGAGGGGCUGAGACAGGGAGUGAAGGAUCUCGAGCUUAGGCUGUUGUGUUGCCACCCAUGGCAGCUUUAUGAGAAGGCGAGAGCAUGUGACUGGUGUGAGUGUGAGCUUGUGCUUUGGGGAAUGAUGCUUGAGCAAGUGCAUCGGCAUCUGGACCAGCAUGAGGUGCGAUACCUGCAGUUUGCCUUCCGCUGGAUGAACAACCUGCUGAUGAGGGAGGUGCCCCUCCGCUGCACCAUCCGCCUGUGGGACACCUACCAGUCUGAACCUGAGGGCUUUUCUCAUUUCCACUUGUACGUUUGUGCUGCUUUUCUCGUGAGAUGGAGGAAAGAAAUACUAGAAGAAAGAGAUUUUCAAGAGCUGCUGCUCUUCCUCCAGAACCUGCCCACAGCCCACUGGGACAAUGAAGACAUCAGCCUGCUGCUGGCUGAGGCCUACCGCCUCAAGUUUGCCUUUGCGGACGCCCCCAAUCACUACAAGAAAUGAGCCUGGGCCCACUCGCAGCAGGCCCCGCCACCCUGGCAGUGGCACCCACCCACCUGGCUGGCAGCAGGCUCCUUUGAGCUGGUCCUGGGCCAAGGAAAGGCCUUGCAGGGCAGCCACACCCUCUGGGGAGCUUGCCAGGAUCAGGCCGCACACUUUGUCUAAGACUGGCAAGGACAGAGGUGACCUCUGUUUCUGAGAUACCAAAGAUAGCUGGGAGAAGGUCCUGGCUUGAAGGGCCAGAGGUGGGUCAGGAUCUCUCUCGCCCUCUCCCUGGAGUGUCCUUGCCAAAUGGCCAGCUCCUGCAACCCCAGCCUGAGACGGCCUGGGAUGUAGGCUCUCCCAGAGAGGCCUGCUGUCUGGGUGCCAGGGCCAGAGUGAGGUGGUGGCCAUCUUACACCUACUUUGAAAUGCAAAAAUUCUAUUCUGUUGAGUGAAAGAGAAUAAAAUAUAGACAAAAUCUAGACUAAGUGAGACAUUGCACUAACCUGGGAUCUCCUUGCUCGUGGGAGCCCCUCACAGCCAGCCGUAUUUCUGUAACUGGCCAACCUUCCCACUUUGGUGUGUGUUUUCUUUCUUGGUUUAAACUUGGCUAGUAAGCUGACCUCAAAAGUUUGAGCCGAGAGCCCCACAGAGUGCCUGGGAGGCUGUGGGACAGGAGGCUGAGCAAAGCGAGGCCUCUCGUGAUCGCCUUACUUUCCAUUUCUAACUAACUUCUUUUAAAAGAGAGAACCCCCCACCCCCCUAGGUUCUGGUCUGAUAACCCACUGCGCAGAUGGGGGUUGUCCUCAGACAGAGGCCUGGAGGGGCCACACAGGCUGGCGCUGGGAUGCAACCAGGCAGGAGUUAAUGGCCCUGUAAUCAAAGCUUCUCCUCAGGAUGUGCUGCCUUUUUCCAGAUCUGCUGGGUUAGAGGCACCACUGCUUCUGACUGCUAAUUGGUGUCUGGAUUUCAAGGGCUGAAGAACCCAGACCUGACCCUGCCUGGGGCUCUGCGGGGUCUGAAUUUCUACCCCAGGGCUUUGGAACUUGCUUCCCACCAGUCCCCCAUGUGUCACAGGCCACAGCCCACAGUGACAUGGACAACCCCAUGGGUGGGGCCACAGCCUUCAUGGUCAACGACACACUGGUGACCCACUUCUCAGACUCCCCUCUGUUUCUCCUUCAGGAGCAGCCAUGGCCUCUGCCAGUCUCUAGGAUGCUGCCCGAGGCAGUGGAAGAUAUAGACAUAUGUUAUGGUUAUGUAUUCCUGCUUCUAUUACAAAAACCAAGGGUCAUUACAUAUGGCACAGAAAUUAGCACAAAAUACUGUGCAAAUGUCAGAUACUCCC